AUGAAUGGCAUGGACGACAACGAAGACGAGACCGACCUCUUCGACGACGAUGGGUUUGACAGCCUCUCAGAGACCGCUCUUCAAGAGCUCGAGCACAAUGCUAUACUGUCAACACAGGCCCAGGUUCAGGACUUGCACGCUCAAACCCCGCCAGAGCAGAGGCCACUCCCUAUACCGCAGCCUAGGACAGCAGCGGCACAAGCACUACCCAAUUCCCGUCCUCUGAUCUCCAAUCCUGCCUUUCACAGGUAUCUGACAGAGGAAGAUGAUAGCUUCGAGUUGAUAGGUGAAGAGGGCGUGCCUACUCCGGUCGAGGAAUAUGAUUCCUUUCCUUUUCGACGGGCACAAACGAGCGAGGCCGCUCGGAGAGAACAAUUCCGACAACGCCACGGUCAAGCCUAUGAUGGCUCUUUCCAUCGCUCUCUCCUUCACAAGGACCCAUCGCGCCAGGCAAGCUCCUUUCAACCCGACCGAGGCGACUGUUCGUUGCAGAACAUCCCACCAAGGCCUGAUGAGAUGAUGUUGGAUGCACCUCCCCAGCAAAGUGGACACGCUGCGCAGGUAGAUGAACAUGAAAACGUCCAGUAUCGCCUCGAGAAACUACAGCAGGAACGGGAUGAACUUGCGCAAGAGCUUCGAGCAGCAAAUGACGCAGUAUCAUUGCAGAAAGGCGAGAUUUUCAUUGUCCGAGCCAAAUUGGAAGAGGAGAGCAGAGGCUACAGCCAACAAAUUGGCGCCCUCAAGAAGUCUAUGGAAGAGCAAUUGGCCAAGCAUACGGCGCAGCUAUAUGCGCUGACCGAGAAGAACAACAACCUGACAACUCAGUACAAUUUUCUGCAGCAAGAGCAUAACCAGGAAGUUCAGGAAAGCAAAGCAUUGAGACAGCGCCUGCGGGACAAGGCACAGCUUGAAAGAGAGACCAGUCCUAUCGCAACGCCCAGACGUGGGCUGGCAAACUCACUUCGAGACGGCUUCAAUGAUAGCGACAUUAUGCUCGUAUCGCCCUCGAAAUCUGCCCGACGCUCCAAACCACCAACGCCCACCGCGGCAAACAAAAGGAAACGAAAAGCUGCGGAACCAAGUCCCAUCAAGCCUCUGCCUCUGCGGCUGUCGCAUCAGGGUCAGACUAACUUACCGCCCCAACCUGUGCAGACAGUCGAGCCCGUGGUCCCUGUCACUCGAAGGGACAAACAGGCUGAGCGGCAUCUCAAAUUCCUACAGUCAAUCCUCAAAUACAAGCUCAACGACACCAAAGACCCACUGAUUGAAGCUCUUGUCAAGUUCACCUUGCCUUCGAGCCCGACCAAGACAUUUUCGGCCAUUGUUUUGGAAGGCACUGCUCAGCUUACAGGAAGCCGUCUCCCCAGUGAUGUCCUCCAACUCUUUGUCGACCUGUGGUCCAAGUGCAUAAAAGAGCAAUACUACAAGCCGAUCAGCUUACUCCUGGAAGUUGUCAACUAUAUCAUCAACCUCGAAAUGUCCGUCCUUGACGCCGACAUCAUCACCGCUCUAAGCCUCGUCCUCCAAUCCUCCAUCACCAUCAACGCAAAGAACCGCUUCGAACACUCACCCGUCUACCACGCCACAUACGGUAAAUUCCGACAGACGCCACAGUCCAUUCUAAAUCGAGAAGUCAACGGCACGUACUGUUUAGACCUCAUGCUCACCAUAGCGUACACUGUGUCCGACGACCCUAAGCUACUCUCACUGUUCUGGCGCCAGAUGAAUCCGGAAUUUGUCCUGAUGAUGCUCAAUGCCUGGCAGCCCAUUUCAGACAUUUCGCUCAUGCUCCGUCUCCUUUCGACCAGCAUCUUUCCCUCGACCUUCGGAAGCAUUUGCGCCGACGAUCAACAAACCCAAGUCGAGCAUUGGACCCUGAGCCGCAUAUGCUACCUCCUAUGGGAAACACCGCGUGUCGACGAAGGUCUACCUCCCAACACGACCGCUCAACUCUGCCACCUCCGUCUCGAAGUCAUGGAUCUGCUGACCAAGAUGGCGAUUACGUCCUCGCCACAUCCCCAUGAUGACCCAUCCCAUCACGGCAGUCUGCUACUCGCGAAUGACGCCCACGCCAUUGGCCGUCUGGUGAGAAGCCUCUACGAUGAAGUUUCGGCGAUGUACGCGCUCCACCCGACCACUCAUCACCUGCACGCCGAGCUGAUCAACAAGGGUGUCUCCCUCUUUUACCACCUCCUUCAAGUCCAUGGCAGUUCCAUCAACCUCCAAGAGAAACUGUCGGCGAUUAACGGCGGCGUGCACAAACACCGCGUGGUGCUCACGCGGCUGGCCUUCUCGGAAGGGUUCGUGAUUGACCGGCUUGUCAGUGACGAGACCGUGGCGAUGGCGACGCAAAUGCUAGAGGAGAGCGUCACGCCUGACGAGGCUGAUGAUCUGGUGGAAUGCUUUCCAGGUUUUAAAGGGCGAGGUUCUCGUGCAGAGGACGACUGA